AUGGAUGACGACCUCGUAAACAACUUUGUGGCCAUCACAGGCGCGUCGGAGCAGGUGGCGCGACAGCUGCUGGAGAUUGCCGGCGGCAACAUUGAGCAGGCGGCUGUGCUGUUCUACGACACGGACAUGGCCGAGACGCUGGCACGGCAGCCCGCGGCAGCAUCGUCGACCCCGGCGGCCGCACAGCAGAGCGCAUCCAGGAACACAAGCAGACCGGCGGGCGCCAGCCGGACAGCAUCGUCGAGCCGGUCGCGGCAAACAAGAGCACGCGCUUCGGGCCAGACCUCGAGUCUGUCACGAGGCCGCGAAGACGCCGACGGCGUGAUUACGAUUGACGAUAGCGACGACGACGACGACGGCAACAACCACCACGACGUCGACGACAACGACAUGGACUUUGACGAGAUCGAGGAGCUUGAAGACAUUGACGACGACGACGACGAACAUGCCAACGAAAACGAGAACGAGGUUAUUGACGUCGACACGCACAUGUCCGACGCGGCGGCGGCAGAGACAGUGGCCCGGUCGGCACAGGAAGAAGAAGACGCGGCCAUGGCCAAGCGGUUGCAGGAGGAGAUGUAUGCCGAGCCGGCGGGCGGUGGCGGCGGCGGCGGCGACGACGAUAUCCGAGCGCCCAUGGGCCGUACGACCGAGAUGCUCGUCGAGCCGUCGUACGUAGGCGGCAGUGGCGGCUACGGCAGCUACGGUGGCUACGGCGGCGACUCCAUCUACGACCAGAUGCGGCUACAGCGAACGCGGCAGGCGGCACGGGGUCCCCGCAACCCUUUUAACCAGGUCUGGGACGACAACGACGACCCAGAUGCUGCGGCCGGCGGCAGCGGCCACCAGACGAGCGGUGUGACCGACGACGGCCUAGCGUCUCUCGGCCCAUCCGUGCCGGCACCCUCGUCACGGCAAGCCCGGCUGGCCGACCUGUUCCGCCCACCCCACGACCUCAUCGAGCAUGUCUCGUCCUGGGACGAGGCGCGGGCGAUUGGCAAAGACGAGAAGCGCUGGAUCCUGGCCAACAUCCAGGACCUGUCCGACUUCCAGUGCCAAGCGCUGAAUCGCGACAUCUGGAAGGACGCGGCCAUCAAGCAGCUCGUGCGCGAGAACUUUGUCUUUUUGCAGUACAGCAAGGACGACAUCCUGGCCGAGUCGUACAUCCAGUACUACAUGCCCGGCGGCCAGCACGAGAACCCGGACAACUACCCGCAUAUUGGCGUCGUCGACCCGCGCACUGGCGAGCAGGUCAAGGUCUGGUCCGGCCGCCCGUUCCCCACCGCCCUCGAGUUCCACGCACAGCUCGCCGAGUUUCUGGACCGCUACAGCCUCGACGCGGCCAAGAAGAACCCGGUGCAGCGCACCAAGCCACAGACCGUCGUCAAGGACGUGGGCCGCAUGACCGAGGACGAGAUGCUGGAGAUGGCCCUUCGCAACAGCCUGGCGACGGCGGGCGGCGGCAGUGGCAGUGGCAGCGGCACUGGUCAGGCCGGCGAGGGAUCGGGCGUGGCCUCGGGCUCACGCAGUGCAAGCGGUGCCAGCAAUGGCGUGCAGGAUCCGGACGAGCUGACGGGCACGCCGGCACCAGACGCUGCAGCAGAGGCAGAGCCCGACGACGACGGAGCAUUGUCCGCCUUCAAGGCCAUUGCAUCCGACAAGCCCCACGAAGAACCACCGGCCAGCGUGCCCGCCGCCGCCGCCACUCGGAUCCAGUUCCGGCACGCCACCGGUCGUGUGAUUCGCCGCUUUGCCACCGACGACCGCGUGGUCCGCGUCUACGAGUGGCUCAAGGCGGCACCGCUCGAGGGCCACGAGGGCCUUGCCUUUGAGCUCAAGGUCAUGCCGCAGGGCCAUGACUUGCUUGAGGACCUGGACAAGACCAUUGAGGAGGCCGGCCUGAAGCAGGCGACGGUCAUGAUUGAAUUUUUGGAGUAG